AUGGUAGUAUAUGGAAUGGCAACAUGUGAAUCUCCCGUUAAAGAAAAAAAUGAAGAUGCACUUAUAAGCUCCAUUAUUCAGUCUCCAAAGCCUCCCCUUCUACCAUAUGAGCUCAGGUUGCUAAUAAUCUUGAGACAUGAAAAUAAGCAGUUGACUGUUUUCAAAGGGCGGGGAUUCGGACAGGACGCGGGGCCUGCGGGCGAAAAAAGGGAGGCGAAGCCUGCUUUUACGGAUGAAGCGGUUCAGGAUUUGCUGUACAGAAUGACGGGGCUGAACCUGCAGAAGGUUUUCCGUCCAGUUCGGCAGGAGCUGAAGCCGCCCAAGUACCGGCUGCUGACGGAGGCUCAGCUGCAGGAGGCCACAAGAAAAGCCAUUGAGGAGGCUAAAGAAAAGCUGAGAAUGCCGCCAGUGUUGGAUGAACGAGAGCCCAUUGAUGAUGUGUUAGCAGACGACAAAGUCCUCGAGGGAACUGAAACUGCGAAAUACGUGUUUACAGAUUUAACUUAUGCCACUCCGCAUCGUGAACGUUUCAUUGUAGUUAGAGAACCAAGUGGUGUAUUACGUAAGGCAACCUGGGAAGAGCGAGACCGAAUGAUACAGAUUUUCUUCCCCAAAGAAGGGCGCAGAGUUAUUCCCCCAGUGUUAUUUAAGGACGAACACCUCGGGACUGUGUUUCAGCAAGACCGUCAUGAAGAUAUCCUUAACAUGUGCAUUGCUCAGUUUGAGCCAGAUUCAGCUGACUAUAUCAGAGUUCAUCAUCGAACGUAUGAUGACAUUGAGAAACAUGCAAAAUACGAUCUGCUCCGCUCAACAAGGCACUUUGGAGGCAUGGUGUGGUACCUGGUAAACAGAAAGAAAACGGAUGGCUUACUAAUAGAUAUGAUCAACAGAGACUUGCUGGAUGAUGCCACAAGUUUAAUCACACUGUAUCACAUGCUUCAUCCAGAAUGUCAGUCAGCAAAAGAAGCUAAAGAAGGGAAACUUCAUGGAAUUGAUCUGAUCAAGGUCUUUGUGAAAACUGAAUCACAAAAAGAAGGCUAUAUACAAUUGGCCCUCCAGGCAUAUCAAGAAGCGAUGGCUACUUCUACAGCUUCAUGAAAUAAACAAUAGUUUAUCAUUA